UUUUUGAUAAAACAUCAUUCCAGAGGAUCGAAGCGCCGGAGCGACGAGAAUCGUUAGACUUUAGAGUUAUUCUCUUUCAAUUUUACUUCAAAACAGAAAAUGCGUGAAAUCGUUCAUAUUCAAGCUGGACAGUGCGGCAACCAGAUUGGAGCCAAGUUCUGGGAGAUCAUUUCCGAUGAACACGGAAUCCAGCCUAAUGGCACUUACCAUGGAGAAUCCGAGUUACAGCUGGAGCGCAUCAACGUGUACUACAAUGAAGCUAGCGGAGGAAAAUAUGUUCCCCGCGCUGUUCUCGUGGAUUUGGAACCCGGUACGAUGGAUUCCGUCCGCUCUGGUCCAUUUGGCCAGCUUUUCCGUCCAGACAAUUUUGUCUUUGGUCAAAGCGGAGCCGGUAAUAACUGGGCGAAAGGCCAUUAUACCGAGGGUGCAGAACUGGUAGACUCUGUUCUGGAUGUUGUACGCAAAGAAGCUGAAAGCUGUGACUGCCUUCAGGGUUUCCAGCUGACACAUUCUCUUGGUGGUGGAACUGGAUCUGGCAUGGGAACUUUGCUGAUCUCCAAAAUUCGAGAAGAAUAUCCCGACCGUAUCAUGAACACGUACUCAGUUGUUCCUUCUCCAAAAGUCUCCGACACGGUCGUCGAGCCGUACAACGCCACCCUGUCAGUUCAUCAGUUAGUUGAAAACACAGACGAAACCUAUUGCAUCGACAACGAAGCUCUUUAUGACAUUUGCUUUCGCACGCUCAAGUUGACCACGCCUACCUAUGGUGAUUUGAAUCAUUUGGUUUCACUUACCAUGUCUGGUGUUACUACUUGCCUACGUUUCCCCGGCCAAUUGAACGCUGACCUGCGCAAAUUGGCUGUCAACAUGGUGCCCUUCCCUCGUUUGCAUUUCUUCAUGCCUGGUUUUGCUCCACUCACUGCCCGUGGAUCCCAGCAAUAUCGCGCCUUGACUGUUCCCGAGCUGACGCAGCAGAUGUUCGACGCCAAAAAUAUGAUGGCUGCCUGCGAUCCUCGCCACGGACGCUACCUGACUGUUGCAGCCAUCUUCCGAGGCCGCAUGUCAAUGAAGGAAGUCGACGAGCAGAUGCUCAACAUCCAAAACAAAAACUCGUCCUACUUUGUUGAAUGGAUCCCCAACAAUGUCAAGACGGCCGUCUGUGACAUUCCACCUCGAGGCCUCAAAAUGUCCGCCACUUUCAUCGGAAAUUCAACUGCCAUUCAAGAGCUCUUCAAACGUAUUUCGGAACAGUUCACAGCUAUGUUCCGUCGUAAGGCUUUCCUCCAUUGGUACACCGGGGAAGGAAUGGACGAAAUGGAGUUUACCGAAGCCGAAUCCAACAUGAACGAUCUUGUUUCCGAAUACCAGCAAUACCAAGAAGCCACCGCUGACGAUGAGGCUGAUUUCGAAGAAGAUGGUGAUCACGCUGACCAAGACGCUGCCUAAAUACCUUCUGCUGCCCUCUCCGUCCUUGAGUGAACUGCCGAAACAUAAGGGAGAAAUACGUUUUCCAUCUUCAGCACUCUCAGAUAGCCCUUUAGUCCAGCCGAUGUCUGUGCACUUUGAUCAUUUUCUAAACUAAAAUGUCUUUCGCUUCCGAUAUUCUUUUUUGGCUUUCCUGACUGUUUCGUCCAUUUUUAGAAAACCUAGUAGCAACACUUUCGUGUCUUACCACAUUCCUCGCUCUUUUAUGUUCCCUUGUUUUUAUUAAGAAACCCUCCAGAUCUGAUCUCCUUCGUCUGGGCUGUCUCCCUGUGUACAUUCAUCUCCGCGCAAACAAUCUGAACAAAAUAAAACAGGUUAGCAAAGUCA